GAGGAUUGAUCGUGCUAAUCUGUUUGUUUCCCUUUGUGUCCCGUAGGCAUGUCUUCUGCAGAAAUAGAGUACCGAUGCUUUGUUGGUGGGCUUGCUUGGGCCACCGACAACGACGCUCUCGAGAAAGCCUUCUCUCAGUAUGGCGAGAUCGUCGAAUCGAAGGUCAUCAACGAUCGUGAGACUGGAAGAUCCAGAGGAUUUGGAUUUGUCACCUUCGCCACGGAGCAGGCGAUGAGAGACGCCAUCGAAGGAAUGAACGGCCAGAAUCUUGACGGCCGGAACAUCACUGUCAACGAGGCUCAGUCCCGUGGAAGGGGAGGCGGUGGUGGAGGUGGCUACGGAGGCGGUGGUGGUGGCGGAGGCUACGGCGGUGGCGGUGGAUAUAGCCGUGGUGGAGGUGGAUAUGGUGGCGGUCGCCGUGAGGGAGGUGGAGGAGGAUAUAAUCGCAACGGUGGUGGCGGAGGUUAUGGUGGCGGCGGCGGCGGAUAUGGAGGUGGCGGUGGUGGUUAUGGCGGUGGCAGAGACCGCGGUUAUGGCGAUGGUGGAUCCCGGUACUCGAGAGGAGGUGGUGGUGGUUCGGAUGGUGGAAGCUGGAGGAAUUAGGAUUGGUUAAUUUAGGGUUUAGUGAGUGAAAUUGGGGAAAUGUGUUGUAUUCCCUUAAUUGUGGUAAUUCUAGGUUUGGAAUAUGCGUUGUGAUUUGAGCAUCUGUUGUGGUUUGGUGUUACUCCUGUGGUUCUCGUUUUUGACCUCUGAAAUGAAUCUCUGUGUAUUGGUUGUUCAUAAGCAAUCCAACAAAGAAUGAAUUGUCAGAAAUUAUGGUCCUACCUACGCCUUUUACUUUUUACUACU